AUGAUUGGUGUUUUAGAUAUCGGAAGGAUUUAAGAGUAAAGAGAUAAAUAGAAAAUUCCUCCCAAAAUAAAAGAAAAAACCCAUGUCUCAACUGAAAGAUUACGGAAACUUGAUGUCAAGGAUAUACCUCUAUGUGCAAUUUGUUGUUUAUACAUGACGGAGAAUUUGGCUGCUUUAGUUCCUUGUGGGCAUACUUUUCAUCAAAAAUGUUUAAAACAGUAUUCAAAACUAGAAUGUCCCAUAUGUAGAAAAUAGAAUUAAUAAUCAAUCCUUCUACAUUUUUCAAUAGAAUUAAAUAAAAGUCAAAGCCAAGAAAUGAAAUAGAAUAAAUAAAUUUAAAAUAAAGCACCUAAUUAAUAUAAUAAAUAAAAUUAGGAGAUCAAUAAGCUUAAAGAUUUAAUUAAUAAAGGAAAACAAUCGAUUGAUCUUUGUAUUUCUUAAAGCGCAAUUUCCUAACAAAAUGAUACAAUUUAAAAUUAAAGACUUAAAUCUUGUGAGCUUCAACUCAAAGAAAUCAGCAAAACUCUAAUGGACAUUAGAAACUUAAUGGAUAACGGUGAGAAUUCAGAGAGAUAAAUAAAAAAAGAAUAAACUCUGCCCUAAUUGGUAUAGAAAUUCAACAAAACUGAACAAUCAGGAUUUCACCCUAAUAAUAAUGAUCGUUAUGCUAAAUUUGACCCCUUCACUAAAAUGCUUAAUAUAGGCUAACCAUCAAGGAGCAAUUAAUUUGAAAAUCCUCCGAGAAAUAAUAACUAUGUUAAAAAGUGA